CAUUUCCAUAUCAUUAACAUUGUGCUCUCUUGAGAUUGCGUAAUAGUGCGAAGGAGGGUACGAAGGAAGGGGCAAUAGUACACAGCUCGCCGCGAUAACGAGCAUCGUAGCUCUCGCAGUCGCAUGACAACCGAUUUCCGCGUCGUUCGAGCUCGUGUGCGUGGCGGCUCUAGCUACUUCAGGCAGCAUUUAGUACCGCUAGUUCUAAGCAGAAAAAACAACGAUGGCAUCGCACGUAACGGAUUUCUACAGUGCGAAGAGUAUAUUUAUUACCGGCGGUACCGGUUUCGUCGGAGUCUGCUUAAUAGAGAAACUCCUGAGAUGUUGUCCUGACAUAAAGAACAUUUACUUGCUAAUACGUCCGAAAAAGGGGAAACUUAUCACAGAAAGAUUGACAGAGUUGACAGAGAAUUCGGUUUUUAAUAGGCUGCGAGAAGAGAAGCAAACUGACUUAUUCAAGAAACUGAUCGCAGUUGCUGGAGAUGUUGGUGAAGAAAACUUAGGCUUAUCUGUGGAAGAUAGGGCAACUUUAAUCAGCACAGUGCAAGUUGUUUUUCAUUCUGCCGCCACACUUGAUUUUGAAGCUGAUUUAAAGACUGCGGCAAAUAUAAAUUUAUUGGGAACUCGGAGAAUUGUUCAAUUAUGCCGAGAAAUUAAUGAUUUUAAAGCAUUGGUACAUGUUUCUAGUGCUUAUGUUAAUUCCAAGCUGCAAAAUGUUGAUGAAAUAUUAUAUCCGGCACCAACUGACCCAAAUAUAAUUGUGAAAUUAAUCAGUGAAUUAGAUGCUGCUACCUUGGGAACAAAAACACCGGAGAUACUGAAAGGUCAUGCAAAUGCUUACACAUUCACCAAACAUUUGGCUGAACAUGAAGUAGCAAAUGGAGAGUUACCAGCGGUUAUUGUACGUCCUUCAAUGAUAAUAGGAGCAUGGAAAGAGCCUAUUCCAGGAUGGACGGUAUCGAAAAAUGGACCACAAGGUUUUUUGAUGGGUGCCAGCAAGGGUGUUAUAAGAAGAGUGCCAGUGGCAAAAAAUCUUACUUAUGAUUACAUUCCAAUAGAUAUAGUUGUAAACAGUCUUAUUGUUGCAGCGUACUCUGUUGAUCGUGAUAGUGAUAAAAGUUUAAAAAUAUAUCAUUGCACGUCAAGUACAUGCAAUCCUUUCCAAUGGGACCAGGUGCAGAAAGAAGUUAAUAUAUACUUGCACAAAUAUCCAUUAAAAAGUGCUGUGUGGUAUCCAUAUUUAAAAUUGUUACCAUCACUUUUGUUAUUUAAAAUUUCUGCCUUUUUCUUUCAUUUUAUACCAGCAUAUAUCAUGGAUACAAUCACACGCUUGACUGGAGGCCGUCCAAUUUUAGUCCGCCUGCAUACAAAUGUUAACAAAUCGUUAAUUCUUCUUGAGCAAUUUAUUUUCAAUGAAUGGAUAUUCAAUAAUCCAUGUAUGUUGCAAUUGCACGAAUCGUUAUCUCCGGAUGACAAAGAAUUAUUCACUGUAGACAUUAGGUCGUUGAUAUGGAAAGACUAUUUCUCCGAUUUAGCACAGGGAGUGAGAGUAUAUCUCAGUAAGGAAUCCUUGAAAUCUUUGCCGGAGGCACGUUCAAAAGAUAAAAUAUUGAUGUUUGCGCAUCUAGGCUUGCAAGUUACUCUGUUGGGUUUGAUUUGGUGGCUGGUUAAAGUCUUGUUUGCUACAACAUGGACAAAAACUGGUUUAAUUGUACCGAUAAUUUAUCUGCUUUUUGAUCAGUUAUAAGUGUGUAAGGCAACAUUUAAAUAUACAUUAAAUAUAAUAUAUAAGCGAUUCAAAAUGGUGAAAUAUAUUCAAUGUUAAAAAGGAGGGUUCAGUAUUUAAAUGGUUCAGUAUUUACAGGAUAGGUGAUAUUCACUAAACCAAAUAAAGAAUUCUUAAUAAAUAUAGGUAGGGAGAUUCACGCAAAUCGCAAGCGAUUUUCGGUUUUGAUAAUACUAAUGAUCUGUCUAUUUAUUAUACACAAUAUGGAAAUAAAAUAUUUUAUUACCAUAUUUUUCUUUUGGUAUUUGUAAAAAGCGUUUUACAUGUGUCCUUCUCUCAUUUCUAUAUUCUCAUUUUAGAUCUCUCGAGUGAUCAACAUUGCAAACUUCCUGGUUCUGCUAAAAUUAUUUGACAAGUAUUUUAUUUAAUUAAGAUUUCCUGGUAUAGCACAAUUGUGUCAUUACUUGAUUGAUUUAACUUGAAGUCUUAUUAACUUGAAGUUUUAUUAUUUUUCUGUAAUGUUUCUAACUAAUAGACUUGUUGAUCAAGAUUUUUGUUUAAAAAAAAAAGAAAACUACUUUGCAGUUUUGAACGACAUUAAUACUGUGAUAAUUUAUAUAGCUAAAUUUGUCUUGUUUCUGUGGAUCGAGUAGAUGAUACUGACUGCUCACUCGUCUUCUUUUCUUAAAAUUUUUCUAUCAGGCACAAUGUGAACUUUAGUCCUUCUCAGCUUUCACAAAUCGAUAUCCGUCUCGAAUUACGAUUAUUCUUUAUUGAAUCCAAUAUUCUUGUUAUCUCUUUAUUACUUAAUACUUCUUCAUUACCAAUUUUUUCCUUUUUCUUUUAUUCCUCUAGCUCUUUUUCCUUUUCAUUCAAUAACCUUUCCAUUGAGACAUUUUAUCUGCUUCUUUUUUGUUGAGGCAUCCCUUUUUUCAUUGGUAUUUUUCUGUGGUAUGUAUCACACACAUCAUCGACUUAAUUUUUUUAUUUUUUCAUAUGAUAUGUAAGACUGUUUAAACUAUGUAAUUAGCAAAACAUAAGUAGUUAACGUUUGUUUAUUGAGUAAUAAUAGAUAACAGUAGUAAUAGUAUGUCAUAAAAUAUUUAUAUAAAUGAAAGCUAAGCAUUUGUGCAUCAAAAUAGAAAUAUGGUAACAUAAUAUCUAACUUUCAUGCAUAUGAUAGACAGAAGAAAGCAAAUGACUUUUACCACCUGUACUAAAAUUAAAAAUUGCUUGUAACUCUAAUAAUGUUAAUUAUUUCCAAUUUCCGUUACAAAUUUCCAUUACAAAUUUUGUAGUCAAUUUAGGAUAUAACAUGUUAAGGUAAGCGAAUAUAUAAUAAUGUAAUAUUUUAAACUUUUGCGGUGCAGAUAAAAGCUUGAUUUUGCUUUCA